ACAAAAAAUGCCAAAUAGCAACGUAUACCAAAUAAAUAAAUAAAAAUUAAAAUAAAAUAUAUGUAGAUUAGUGAACAUGCUGCAGUCGACAGAGACGCCUGCCACAAAUGUGGAGGCAAGCAAUCCAAACGAAGCUGCAGGAGACGCGGCGGCGGCUGCGGCGGCAACAACAACAAAUACACAGUGGAGACGUCACCGUCGCAGCAUCUCACAGCUGAUGGCCAGCUUGGCUGAUGAUGCCUAUAGGCCCACCCACUUGGAUGGCUAUGUGAACCACGGCUAUGAUGAUCUAGAUAGUUCCUAUCUCUUCGCUCAAUACGAAGCCAUGGCGGCCUCAGCAAACGGAGCCCCAUUGCCGCCCUACACACGCUCAGCUGACACGCAAUCGGGCGAGGAGUGUGAGGGGGUGGGGGAUGAUGAUGUGUUCAAGGACUGCGCCGACGAUGCCGCCGCAGAGGAGCACGACUUGGCUCAUCAAAGUCGCUGCUUGCCUGAAUUUCAGUUCUCCAUGAUAGACUCGGAAUACGAUGAAACGCUGGCGUUCGAUGAUUCCGUUACGAUACUAUCGAAUGUGGGCGACAAGCCUGUGCUCGUCGAGCGCAAGGACACGGAUGAAGAUGACGACGAGUUUGACGAUGAGAACAGCGUGCAACUGCGUCAAGAGCUCCCCUAUCUGAGCAUCUAUGGACCCAGUGUCAAGUUCAAUUCCUUUCAGCGCAAAGUCUUUAUUCCCGGCUGUGAGAUCCAUGUGCGCAUUGUGGACACGGAGCGGAGUGUAACAACGCAUCUGCUCAAUCCUAAUUUAUACACCAUAGAGCUGACGCACGGACCCUUCAAGUGGACCAUUAAACGUCGGUAUAAGCACUUCAGCUCAUUGCAUCAGCAGUUAAGCUUCUUUCGGACCUCGCUCAAUAUUCCCUUCCCCAGUCGCGCGCACAAAGAGAAGCGCACUACCCUCAAGGCGGCCGCCUGCCAAAUGGCCGACGAGUCCACGCUGAAGGAUUUGCCUGCGCAUACCAAAGUGAAGCACACUAGCACGCCCGCCAAGGAUCACAAUCGCAGCAGCACCGCCAAUCAAAGUCGCACCAACAACAACAAGAAUACUAGUGGCUGCAGCGCUGCUGCCGCUGAUGCUGCUGCUGCUACUCCUGGUGGAGGUGGUAGUGGUGGUGGAACAGUUGCCACCAUUGCCAAUGCCACACACACUUCGCUGCUGAUGAGUUUGGCGCCGCGUCGCAUUCAACGCAAACGCAAGAAAAAGAAACGCAAGCUGCCGCGUUUUCCCAAUCGCCCGGAGAGUCUGAUUACUGUCGAGCAUUUGCCCGUGCGCAUCAAACAGUUGGAGGAUUAUCUCUACAAUCUGCUUAAUAUAAGCUUGUAUAGAUAUCAUCAUGAGACGUUGAACUUUGUGGAGGUCUCUAAUGUUUCGUUCGUCUCUGGCCUGGGAAUCAAGGGCAAGGAGGGCGGCAUACUCAAGCGAACGGGCUCCACGCGUCCAGGUCAAGCGGGUUGCAACUUCUUCGGGUGUUUCCAGCGCAACUGCUGCGUGCGUUGCAAUUAUUUUUGCUCCGACGUCGUGUGUGGAACGUGGCGCAAUCGCUGGUUCUUUGUGAAGGAGACCUGCUUUGGCUAUGUGCGGCCCACAGAUGGCAGCAUACGCGCUGUUAUACUCUUCGAUCAGGGCUUUGAUGUAUCCACGGGCAUUUACCAGACGGGAAUGCGCAAGGGACUUCAGGUGCUGACCAACUGCCGGCACAUAGUGCUCAAGUGCUGGACCCGGCGCAAGUGCAAGGAGUGGAUGCAGUAUCUCAAGAACACCGCACACACCUAUGCGCGCGACUUCACCUGCCCCAAUCCUCACAUGUCCUACGCACCCAUGCGCGCCAAUACCCAAGCCAUUUGGUAUGUGGACGGAGCUCAGUAUAUGGCCGCCGUGGCGGAUGCCCUGGAAGCGGCCAGCGAGGAGAUCUACAUAGCCGACUGGUGGCUGAGUCCGGAGAUCUAUAUGAAGCGUCCUGCACUCGAUGGCGACUAUUGGCGCUUGGACAAGAUUUUGCUGCGCAAGGCCAUGCAGGGUGUGCGGGUGUUCGUCCUGCUCUAUAAGGAAGUCGAGAUGGCCCUGGGAAUUAACAGUUACUACAGCAAGUCAACGUUGGCCAAGCACGAGAACAUUAAGGUAAUGCGGCAUCCUGAUCAUGCGCGGGGUGGCGUCCUAUUGUGGGCGCAUCAUGAAAAGAUCGUGGUUAUAGAUCAGGCCUAUGCCUAUAUAGGCGGCAUAGACUUGUGCUAUGGCCGUUGGGACGAUCGCUCGCAUCGCUUGACCGAUCUGGGAAGCAUAUCCACCGCCUCGGCGUCUGGCAGCACACGCUAUACGCCCAGUGUAUACUUCAACAAGGAUGAGGUGGACUCGGCGUUUGGCUCACGCAAAUCCUCGCGCAACGCGAGCCAUGAGACGCCAGUAAAAGAGGCAAACACCAGCGUGGGCGUGGAGUUGCGCAGACUUAAGCCGGGCGAUCGUCUGCUGAUACCUGAGAUGCUGACCAGCACGCCCACAGCAGAUUCGCCCAUAGAGGGGAUGAAGCUCAACACGCCGGAGAUGGAGCGCAAGAACGUGCUGGACCGACUGAAGAACAAUGCCAUGAAGGGAGCGCGGAUCGGCAAGGACUUUGUGCAGCGUUUGACUGCCAAUGAGAGCUUCGCCACAGACAAGUGCAAUGAUAACGAGCUGGAGGACACUGGCGAGAGCAAUGCGGCAGAGCAAACAGGCGGCAGCAGCUGCACGCAACAGGACGCGUGCCACAUUUCCAGUGAAUUCUAUGGGCAGGCAAAGUACUGGUUCGGCAAGGACUACUCCAACUUUAUACUCAAGGACUGGAUGAACCUGAAUGCGCCCUUCGCGGACAUUAUCGAUCGCACGACCACGCCGCGCAUGCCGUGGCAUGAUGUGGGCAUCUGUGUGGUGGGCGCCUCGGCGCGAGAUGUGGCCCGACAUUUCAUACAGCGCUGGAAUGCCAUGAAGCUGGAGAAGCUGCGCGACAAUCCUCGCUUUCCCUACCUGAUGCCCAAGAGCUAUCAUCAGAUCAAGCUCAAUGCGCAGCUCCAGCAGCUGCAGCAGCGACGUCAGCAGCGCGUCACUUGCCAACUGCUGCGCAGCGUCUCUGCCUGGAGCUGCGGCUUCAUUGAGGCCGAUCUCGUCGAGCAGAGCAUACACGAUGCCUACAUCGAAACCAUUACCAAGGCGCAGCACUACAUCUAUAUAGAAAAUCAAUUCUUCAUUACCAUGCAACUUGGCAUGGGCGUCUCGGGGGCGCAUAACAAUGUUCGCAAUCAGAUCGGGGAGACGCUUUUCAAGCGCAUUGUUCGAGCUUUCAAAGAGCGCAAGCGUUUUCGAGUUUAUGUGAUAAUGCCCUUGUUGCCAGGCUUCGAGGGCGAUGUGGGCGGAAAUACGGGUAUUGCCGUCAGAGCAAUUACACACUGGAACUACGCAUCGAUUUCCAGAGGUCGCACUGCAAUCCUAACACGUCUGCAGGAGGCGGGCGUUGUGGAGCCCCAAAACUAUAUAUCGUUCCACAGCUUACGUAAUCAUUCGUAUCUGAAUAAUACGCCUAUAACGGAGCUAAUCUAUGUGCACUCCAAGCUGCUCAUUGCCGAUGAUCGUGUGGUGAUCUGUGGCUCGGCUAAUAUCAAUGAUCGUUCGAUGAUUGGCAAACGUGAUUCCGAAAUAGCGGCCAUUAUAAUGGAUGAGGAGUUUGAGGAUGGAAGAAUGAAUGGUAAUAAAUAUCCGAGUGGCAUAUUUGCGGGUAGACUGCGUAAAUAUUUGUUCAAAGAGCACUUAGGCUUACUUGAUGGCGAUAGCUCAUCACGCUGUGAUUUGGAUAUAAGUGAUCCUGUCUGUGAUCGUUUUUGGCAUGGUACAUGGCGUUAUAUUUCUACAAAAAAUACGGAUAUAUACGAUGAGGUGUUCAAGUGCAUACCCACGGAUUAUGUCAAGACAUUUGCCAGUCUGAAAAAAUAUCAGGAAGAGCCGCCGUUAUCCAAAAGCGACCCCGAAAUGGCCGCCAAGCGAGCCACGGAGAUACAGGGUCACCUGGUUAAUCUGCCCCUGGAGUUCCUUAACAAGGAGGUGCUAACACCGCCUGGCACCAGCAAGGAAGGCCUAAUACCUACCUCGGUAUGGACAUAGUCCAUCGAGUCCUGUUUUAUAGUUUGAUUUUAUAAAAUUUGCCAACCCACCAAAUGCGCUUCAACUUUUUAAGUUAUUUUCU